GAAAGUGACCGUGGGAAGGGAGGGCGCGCGCGAGGGACCGACCUGUCUUCUGCGAGCAUUUGCAUGAAUUUGUUCCAAACAUUUUGAUUAAAAUAAAAGAUCACAAAAAACCCAAGGAGAGAGGGCAACGCAGGGACGAAUCGUGGCGCGACUAGAAGUACCCUCUGGGGUAAAAAGAUGACCCUAGUGCCCGGAGAAACCCUGGACGAGACUGUGGCACUGACAGCCUUGUCUCAGGACGCACGCGACCCAGAGCGGGCUGACCAGGAGUGCUGCGAGAGAGUGGUCAUAAACAUAUCCGGCCUGCGCUUCGAAACUCAGCUGAAAACCCUCGCCCAGUUCCCCGCCACUCUGCUCGGGAAUCCAAGGAAAAGGAUGCGUUUCUUUGACCCUCUACGAAAUGAAUACUUCUUCGACAGGAAUCGACCCAGUUUCGAUGCCAUCCUGUAUUACUACCAGUCCGGGGGACGGCUCCGAAGACCCAUUAACGUGCCGGUGGAAAUAUUCAUGGAGGAGAUCCGAUUUUACGAACUGGGAGACGAGACCAUCGACCAUUUCAGGGAGGACGAAGGUUUCAUCAAAGAAGAGGAGCGCCCGUUGCCAGACAACGUCUUCCAGCGUCAGGUGUGGCUUUUGUUCGAAUACGCCGACAGCUCCGGACCCGCCAGGGGAAUCGCCAUGGUUUCUGUCAUGGUCAUUUUGAUUUCAAUUGUUAUUUUCUGUUUGGAGACUUUGCCGGUGUUCAGGGAAGACAGGUUACCCGAUGACCCGCUUGCUCUGAACGGCACAGUGCGCGCGAAGAAGCCCAAUCCGUUUACAGAUCCGUUUUUCAUCGUCGAGACGCUGUGCAUCGUAUGGUUUUCAUUCGAAUUCCUAGUCAGGUUUUUAGCAUGCCCCAGUAAACCGGCGUUCUUUAAGAAUAUAAUGAACAUCAUUGACAUUGUGGCGAUUAUUCCCUAUUUCAUAACCCUGAGUCUGGAGCUUGCAGAUCACCAGGGAUUCGGACAGCAAGCCAUGUAUUUGGCUAUCCUGAGAGUAAUACGCCUGGUGCGCGUUUUCAGGAUUUUUAAGCUUUCCAGACACUCCAAGGGUCUCCAGAUUUUAGGGAGAACGCUCCAAGCGAGCAUGAGGGAACUCGGGCUGCUGAUCUUCUUCCUUUUAAUGGGCGUCAUCCUGUUCUCCAGCGCGGUUUACUUCGCCGAGUCCGACGACCCGGAUUCCGGGUUCAGCAGCAUCCCGGACGCGUUCUGGUGGGCGGUGGUAUCCAUGACUACGGUGGGAUACGGGGACAUGUGCCCGGUGACUAUCGGUGGCAAAAUAGUGGGCUCUUUGUGCGCUAUCGCCGGCGUGCUGACCAUCGCUCUGCCGGUUCCCGUCAUAGUUUCGAAUUUCAACUAUUUCUACCACCGGGAGAACGAGCAGGGGGACGAUGCCGAGUACCGCCACGUCACCUGCGGUCAGCAGCCGCCUAUCGUGGAAUGCAUCACAAGCGACAGCAGGCCGUCUCUCAUCAAGUCAGAUUGUACCGUCGAUUUAGAGUUUUUAAAAUAUGAAAACUGCAGCUCGCACAACAAUUCAUACACCGGCAAGCUGACCGACGUCUAAGCGCUGCAAGGCACUGCAGAACCAUACAGAACGAGAUGAUCCAUAUUUCCGCACAUCCACUUAAGUAUACCGAGAUGCUCUUAGUCCCAACAACAACAAAAAAAAAAAGUUUAAUACAAAAUAGAUACCGUAUAGGUAAACAGUAUGUUAUUAUCCCCUUUCGCUUACAGCCUGCGCUUAACCAAUUAAGUGUCACGCAAUUUAAAUCAAACCCACGAAUCAGCCAUUGGAAGAAAAAAAAACUGAUGAUGCCCCACUUCUCCCUGUAGCACUUUAUUAAUAUAUUCUAGGGAAUAUA